AGUUCAUUACUCAUGUGCCAGCGUGGAAUAAUCCAACAUGGCAGCCAAGGUGAGUGUUGGUCAUUUCGCUGCUGACGAAGUUUCCCCAACUUCAAUUCCGAAUCACGUCCCAACGGCUAAACCUUCGACUCGAAGAUCAGCAAGUGUGGAAAGCGGCACAAAGAAGAUGUUCAUGGAGCCGUCGCUCAGAGAGAUGGCAGUGGGUCUGGCCGAAGUCGUGCAACAGAUGGAGGCUCACAGCAGUGGUCAGAAGAUAGAUGAAAUAGUUCACAAGUUGGAGGCCAUCAUCAUCCAAGCAGACUUGGACAGCAAGUUGGCUGUGACGCCGACCCCAAUCUUAGACAAAGCUGCCCAGGUAGCCAUGCUGGGCCAGAGCAUCGCCGCCUACUGUAACACCAUAGACCCCGCCCACCUCCGGAAGCUGACCACCCGGGUCAUCUCAGAUACCACGCUGUGGCUGUCCAGGAUAUUUAGGUUUGACGAUUCCUCAGCGUUUUUCCACUCCGACAGCCGGGACGGUUUGUUACGAGUCUGUCGCCUGGCUCUCAGCAGCAAGUAUGACAAGUAUGGCACGGAUGGGUUCAACGCACUCUACACUAAGCCACCUAUCAUCUACAUCAGUGCUGGUGCCAGGCCAGGACUGGGACAGUAUAUAUGUACACAGCUUGGGCUUCCAUUGUCGAGCUUAUGCACCGUUCCAUGCAAUACAGUCUUUGGAUCACAGCAUACAAUGGACAUAGCCACCUUAGAGCGACUGAUAAAAGAUGACGAGGGUUCCUCCAAGAUCCCCCUGAUGGUUGUAGCCAACGCCGGCACGCCUCUAGCAGGACACACAGAUAACCUGAACCGUCUCAGGACCAUCUGUGAUGAGUACGGGGUGUGGCUGCAUGUCGAAGGACACAAUCUAGCAACCUUGGCUCUGGGGACCGUUCCUACCUCAGUCUUGGCAGCCAAGCGAGUCAACAGCUUGACCCUGCAGCCCGGUGUAUGGCUAGGCCUACCUGGUGUGACAUCAGUUACAUUGUACAAGACUGCAGAUCCUGCAAUGAGUUUAGCGGCAGGUGUAGGCCCCAGCCAGCUCCACGACCGUCUCAGUGCCUUACCCCUCUGGCUCAGCUUACAGAGUCUGGGCCACAAUGGCGUAGUGGCCAAACUCAAGUAUGCCGCAGAUCUAAGUCAACACAUGCAGCAGAGACUCAACUCGUUAGGAUCUAUCAAUUUAUCACCAGGAAAAGGCAGCAGCCAAGGCACAAUAGAAGGUUCGCUGAAGGAAAUAUUCACAAAGACGAUACAAGUACUGGCCCAAGCUGACGUAGUCUCCACAGUGGUAGUAUUCAAGUACGGGGACCGGAGGGAGGGUCCGGAUCCAGACGACGGAUCGUACACCGAGGCUGCCGAGGACCGGCCAGUCAGCAGUCUACCAGCGCCGCUCCUUGAUGCAUUCAACUCAUGGCUUGGUAGCGAGCUAAACAGACAGAAUCUUGGCGUACCGGUGGACGUGGUCAAUUUGGAUAAAGACGGCGUGUGUUUGCGGUUCAGCCCCCUCCAGUCAGCAUCAUAUAGAGGAACAACUGCUGACGACAUCGACAAUUUCAUGGAGUCUCUGAAAAUUCUCAUUGAACACUUGAAUUUCACCUGCGAGCAUCGACUGGAGUUCCAAGAAGCAGUAGAGUCGAGAGAGAAUCUUCUCUUUGUGGACAUGGUCUCCCACGGUGGUCUGGGUGUUAUACAAUUCAUCCCGGAGUACCUGAACGCCAGCAAGAACAAAGAGACCACGGCCAAGGAACUGGACAAGAUCAACGCGGAGAUCGUCCAGCGGCUUCAGGCCGGCGAGAACGGCAGCAGCAUCUGCCAGGUGCAGACCGGCGGCGGCACCAAGGCCAUCGGGGUAGGGGUGGUCACGGAGGGGGUCAGCAUCGACGACGUGGUGGACUUGGUCUGGUCCACGGGCAAAGAACUGGAAGAUUCAUCCAAGUUCCUUGACUCCAUGGCAGAUGUUGUGUUGAAAGGUAUUGAAGAUGCGCAGAGGGAGCUGGUGAAAGAAAAUGAGAACAGACUCAUGGAAGAGGGUGUGUUUCGGCAAGUGCCCAUCGUCUCGUCGCUCCUGAACUGGUUCUCCCCGCCCCCCAAGGAGGCAACCAUCAAAGGAAGGUCCCUCAAUCUCACAUCAGGUGCUCUGGAGAGCACAGAGACCACCUACAAGCUCCACAUGCAGGUGCAGAAGGAAAGCGGCGUCACCCCGACCCGCAAGACCGCACCCCGCAAGACCCCCUCCACCCCCACCACGCCACUGACGCCCAACUCCACCCCUCAGGGGUCGCACUUUGGCGAGGGGGAACCCGAGGAAGUAGAGGGGGAGGGGGAAGAGGAAGGGGAGGGGGAGACCCAGAGACGGGUGCAGAAGCGGGAUCUUGAGGAGCUGCAGCCCCAGGCGGGAUUGGAAGGGACGGGGAGCAGUAGUAGUACAGCUACCACCACAAGUAACAGUAGUUUCCAAGAGGUCACUCAGGCAGACGUCAGUGAAUCGAUCGUGGAGAACGAAGACGAGGAGAACCUGAAAUAGAAAGCAAAAAAAAAUCCCUACCAGGAAUUUUUCCAAGCACUGUGAAUAUCUAAUAUCAGUUGAAGUACAAUCAUAAUAGGUACACACAGAAAUUAUUUUCAUACUUCAGAGUCAUGUUUUGCCUCGAUUCUCUUAAUUUUAGUACGAAACAUAUGUCUUAAAUUUUGUUUCAAAGAUGUAGAAAAGUUGUCUGUCAUUCUACUUUAGCAAUGAAGGUUGCUGUUUUUUUUGUUUUGUUUUUAUUCUGGAUGUACUUGUUAUUACAGUGCAUUAGCAUCUUAAGUAUUGUAAAUGUUAAAGAGUUUAUUUUCAAUUAUCAUUCGUUUACUUGUAAGAUAUUUCUUUUAAAGUAUUAGGCAAAGUUUCAUGGCACUGCUAAGCAAGUUUACUUAGCCGAUUAUUGGCUAUUUUACUGAGAACCGGUGAGGAGCUGUGUAUUUCACAGUAGUUUAGCUGGUUCCCCGUGUUUUUUUGGUAAGCAAAAGAUUUACUUACUAUAAAGCAGGGCCCAAUUUCAUGACACAACUUAAUGUCGGUGAAAAAUCUCCGCUUACUGUAGCUGAGAAUUCUGUGCUUAUGGUAAGCAUAUUUCACGGGUUAGCAAGGACGUUAGGCUUGUGAGCAUGCAUUUAUCAGUAACUAAGGAUUCUGUGCUUACAGGGUUAGCACAGAAUUUCUAUGCUAGCGCGGUUAGCACAAAAUGGUGAUCGUAAGCGCGGAAUUCUAUGGUGAGCAGAGCCAUGAAAUUGAGCCCUGCUUUGUUAAAUGAGAUUCAUGUUUUAAAUUUUGUUUGGGAGUACUUACUACAAAAAUAGCAGAGAGAAGUUAUGUUUCCUCACACAGAAGUCUCAAAGUUCAGGACCAACUGUAACAUUCCUCAACUUCAAACAGAGAAGUUAAAUGAAAUUGGAUAUGUUCAACUGUGGAAUUACUAGCACUUGGCUUUCGUUUAACGACCUGGUCCUAUAAUAUACAAUUUAAAAUUUUUAAAAUUAGUUAAGCAUUCUGAAAAAGAAGAUAUUGAAAUGAAGAUGUGACAAAAAUAUGGAAGUCUGACAACGUUGUUUUCAAUUUUGGUGAGUUCACAAGGGAGUUAUUAUUUUUUAGAGAUGGCACUGUCAGACAGUGGAAUAUAAAAUACAAUCAUGAUUAAUUUUUGUUGUUUUGAUUUUUUUUUUUUCCAGAAUUGAUAGAUAAUUGAAUAUUAAAACUCAUCUUGUACAAAGCCUUUUCGUUCCUUUGUUUGUAGCAAUGUACAUGAGCUCUUUUUUGUAGAGGUGAAAAACAAGUUACAUUGAAAUUCAUUCAGAUAAAUUAUUUAUUCUGUUAUUUCUGUAAGCUAAAACGUAAAGUUUGGGUCAAAGGACAUUACGCAGUAGAACCUUGAGAGAUUGGUUAAAUCAGUUGGUGAAGGGUUCUUCUGUGGAAAAUGAUUGUUUUCAAACGAAGAAAAACAUUCAAUACGACUUUCUGUUUUAUAUUGUCUAUAAAUGAAGAAAAUCGCAGGUUAAAUAGUCUCACUUGUUCAACAAGACAAAAACAUGCUGUAAAUUUGUGCAAUUGGGCUGUACCUUCAAUUUCAUUCCAAUUUGUUUGUUUCACAUCGGUUCAACAGUGAACAUUUUCUCAGCCGAAAGCUUUUCUUUUAUUUUAUAUGGCUUUUAGUUGCAUGUAAGCUUUCAUUCCAGUGUAGAAAUGUGUCCAUAAUGAUCUGUGGUAAUAUUGCCACAAACACGACUUGAUUUGGUGUUUUAUUUGACAAUGUGUAGAGAGAUACUGCUUACAAAAAAAAAUUCUAUAAAUUUCACAAAAGUAUGCUGCAUGUACCGUAUAACUGACUCCCGGUACUUGUACAUCAUUAUAUAAUUAAUUACAAUAUGUAAUCCUACAAUGAAGAAUUAAAAUGGGAUAAGAAAUUUAUUUAUAACUAUA